AUGGCCUCUUCCACGUUCGAGGGUAGGCUGGGCCCAAACCCACCCGUUUUCCAAGAGGGGGAGACCGUGCUGAUUUUCCAAGGAUCCAAGAUGCGCAAGGCCCAGUGUAUCUGGGUGACUGUUGAGAAGGAGCAAAUCAAAUAUCUAGUCUGUUAUCCAUCUGGGAGUGAGAUCAGUUCAGCCAGGAGAGGGGCUACGGUCUACCCGAGUGCUCCCCUCUGGCGGCCCCCAUCAGCUCCGACCGGACCCACCCCAAGUGGUCCAUGGUUGUGGCCUAGCCAUAGCAGCAGUGGCAGUUGUUGCAGCAAGCCCAUGGUCCUGGGAAGGGGGGAUAGCAGAAUCCUAGACCCGCUGCCUGUUGCCCCUAUGUUAUUCUUCAAAAAGCCACUUUACCCACUUGUCCCCCAUGGCUGGGAAUAUGACUGGGUGCUCGAGGGCAGUGUACUUCGCUACUCUGCUGCCUACAUGCAGAGGGACAGACAUGCCUAUCUCCUCCUCCAGAUAGCUGCUGAGAGGAAACAACAGCGGGAACACCCACAUACCUCCUCCUGGGGUAGCGACCAUUGCAACCCAGGCGAAGGCAGUACCGCUGGGGGCACAAUGGUGCAACCCAACCCGGAGAUAGGUAGGAUGCGCGUUCAAGGGAGAGGAAGUGAGCCAUCGAAAGACAGAGAUGUUACCCCGGACCCAGAAAAAGAAUCCAUGGGCAGGCAGGAAAUCCAGAUCCACCUACCCAAGGUCCUGAGGUCCCUACUCGUGCAGGAUUGGGAGCUGGUGACCCUCGAGAAGAAGCUGGUCACCAUACCGGCCAGGAAGACCGUUGACGCCAUCCUGACCGAGUAUGCCACCUUCCAGUCAAACAACCAAUCCAUUGACAAGAAGUGUGCCAUCAGUGGACUAGUGUCUUUGAUCAAAGAGUACUUCGACAUGGUGCUGGCCACCCAGCUGCUCCACAAGUUCGAGAGACCUCAGUAUGCCGAGAUCCUGGCCCGUUAUCCCAACUGUCAGAUGUCCCAGCUCUAUGGAGGUGCCCACCUGAUCCGCCUCUUCCCUCAGAUGGCCUCCAUUCUCACUUCCACAUCUCUGAAUGAAAGCAGCCUCAAUGUGCUCUUGAGUCACUUGCAAGAUUUCCUGGCAUAUCUGGCCAGAGAUCCUUCUCAGCUAUCUGUAGCAGCCACUGAUUACCAGCUGGCCACUGAGGAGUACCAGAAAAAAGCUGAGUAA